GGCGCAGCAACCAUGAAGGCUUUUCUGAUCACCCUGCUGGUGGGAGUCCUGUGUGCAGAGCAAGUUUCCUCCCUGUUUUGCUACGUAUGUGACAACGAGCACUCCAACUGGAACUGUCUUAAAACCUACAAGUGUGAUGACAAUGAGAAGUUCUGUACGACCACAUACAGCACUGCUGGGCUUGGCAAGGACAUGGGGCACCGCAUCACCAAGAAAUGUUCUGUAGACUGUCCUGAGACGAACGUGAACUUUGGUGUGGCAGCUUACUCCACCAAAUGCUGCAGCACCUCCCUCUGCAACUUCAGUGGUGCCAACAGCAUCAAAAUCAGCUACGCUGUGAUGUUCCUGGGAGUCGUGGCCAGUCUGAUCGGUGUCAUCAGGGCAGGAUUGUGA